UGAAUAGGAAUUAUACAGUAAUUAUGUUAUAACACAUUUAAUAUAUUUGUCAGAGAAAAAAAGAAAUUCAUGAAUGAAGAGGCGAGAGAAAUGGAAAGGACAAAAAAAGAAGAGGGAGAUAUCAGGCCUAGAAAAGUUGAGUGGUCAGGAGUCAGGUCUAGUGAGGUUGAGGGGUCAGAGGUCAGGCCUGGUGAGGGGUCAGAGGCUCUGCCAAUAAAACGCAGCAGUGCCAGCAGUACGAGCAUAGCCUCUAGUUACUUCAACAACAAAAUCCCCAUACCAGAGGAUGAAGAGCAUCCAGUUUUCAGCUUUAGAAAACUCUGGGCUUUCACUGGUCCAGGGUUCCUUAUGAGUAUUGCCUAUCUGGAUCCGGGAAAUAUUGAGUCGGAUCUCCGGUCCGGAUCUGUUGCUCAGUUCAAGUUGCUAUGGAUACUGAUGUCGGCCACGUUUCUGGGUCUCCUGAUGCAGAGGCUGUCAGCGCGCCUGGGGGUGGUGACAGGAAUGCACCUGGCUGAGGUCUGCUACAGAAGCUAUCCCAGGGUUCCACGCUUUGUGUUGUGGUUCAUGGUGGAAAUAGCUAUCAUUGGAUCAGAUAUGCAGGAAGUGAUUGGAACAGCUAUAGCAUUUUACUUGUUAUCGGAUGGAAAGAUACCUUUGUAUGCGGGCGUGCUGAUUACGAUUGCGGACACGUUUACCUUCCUCCUCCUGGACAAGUAUGGUCUACGUAAACUGGAGGCUUUCUUUGCAUUCCUUAUCUUCAUCAUGGCUGUCACAUUUGGAUACGAGUAUGUAAUAGUUAAGCCGGAUCAGCCCGCCCUACUUAAGGGGAUGUUUAUUCCGUACUGUGAGGAUUGCGGACCGGAGCAGGUUCUUCAGGCCGUUGGGAUUAUAGGAGCCAUCAUCAUGCCUCACAACAUCUACCUUCACUCUGCCCUCGUCAAGUCUCGAGAUGUAGAUCGGUCUCGGAGGGAUCAUGUCCGGGAAGCCAACAAGUACUUUUUCGUGGAGGCAGCCAUUGCUUUGUUUGUAUCAUUCCUCAUCAAUGUGUUCGUGACUGCAGUAUUCGCAGAAGGAUUCUAUGGGAAAAAUGUCACGGAAGUGUAUGACAACUGUUUAGAAGUUGGUAGCCCUCAUGCAUCCAUUUUCAAUACCACUAAACUGGAAGUUGAUAUAUUUCGAGGGGGCGUGUUUUUGGGUUGUCAGUUUGGUUUGGCAGCUAUGUAUAUUUGGGCAGUGGGAAUUCUAGCAGCAGGUCAAAGUUCAACAAUGACUGGAACCUACACAGGACAAUUUGUGAUGGAGGGUUUUCUGAAUCUCAAAUGGAAGCGCUGGAUGCGGGUGUUAUUUACUCGGAGCAUUGCGAUACUGCCUACCAUCUUUGUAGCUACAUUUUCCGGGAUUCAGGAUUUAACGGUGAUGAACGACAUGUUGAAUGUUUUAAUGAGCCUGCAGCUACCUUUUGCCCUCAUUCCGAUACUCACAUUCACAAGUUCCGAAAAUAUCAUGGGAGAUUUCAAGAAUGGAAGGUUUAUGUCCAUAUUCACGGGUGUGCUGGCCAUCGUUGUGAUAGGAAUAAACCUGUUCUUUAUAUCAGAGUACAUUCACGGCCUGCCUGACCAUUGGGCCAUUUAUCUAGCAGUGUCUACUCUAGUCCUUGUUUAUAUAAUUAUUAUACUGUAUCUGAUUUGGUUUUGUUUAAUAACCAAUGGAAUACAAUUCCUUGAAAGAAUACCUGUAAGUCAUUAA